AUUUUCCUUUCUUUUUUUUCUCUAUUUCAACAUCUAACUAAUGGCUUGACUUCUAAUUGCACGUACUAUGCUAUAUAGUAAAUAACCAACUCCACUAAAUCUAUCUCGCCAACAUUUGGAGCCCGUCGCGUCUUCAAUGCCCCCUAACCAAUUUUAGGAAUACUACGUCCUAGUCAAAGGGGGGAGUAAGACUUCUUAAGUUGUUGCUAUUUAUUAGGUAUUCAUAAUGCCAACAUGGGAAACUCUUUGUCAAAUGAUAAGUUUGUGGUGAAGGGCAGAACCGUAGCCAUCACUGGUGGUUCGCGUGGCAUGGGCCUUGCAGCUGGACAUCAGCUCGCCGCGAAAGGUGCGAAUAUAAUCAUCAUUGCACGUGACCGAGAGAAGUUAGCACAAGGAGUCGAGCAUAUAAGGCAAGGGGCACUGGAUCCUUCAACGCAGCGAUUUCAUCACAUUAGCGCUGACUUGACUUCAUCGUCUGAAUGCGUUCGUGUUAUUGAUGAGAUAGUCUCAUGGAACCUAGGGAAUCCUCCAGAUGUUGUAUGGUGCUGUGCAGGCAGUCCACAUCCCACGCUCUUCAUUGACACGCCCGUGUCAGAGCUUGAGGCCGUAAUGAAUAGCAAUUACUUCACCAGUCUAUACAUGGCCCACGCAAUAUUGUCACAUUGGCUUAGAACCUCACGAGAACAUACCACUCAGCCUUCUCGUACUCCAUCAUCUACUAACACCUCAACUAUCUCCGCACCUCCUCGUCAUCUGAUAUUUACUGCCUCAUUUCUAGCCUUCUAUACUUUUACCGGUUACUCACCAUAUAGCCCGGCAAAGGCCGCACUGCGCUCCCUUUCUGAUAGCCUCUCCCAAGAAAUGAACCUGUAUGCUGCAGCACACCCCAACGAACCCCCUAUCCGCAUCCACACUAUCUUCCCAGCAGGAAUUCUAACCGAGUCUUACGAGGCCGAGAACUUAUAUAAAUCUGACGUUACCAAGAUGCUGGAAGGUGCAGACGAGGCACAGACACCAGAAGCCGUCGCUGCGAAGAGUAUCAGGGCACUGGAGAGUGGGCAGGAACUCAUCACUACUGACAUAUUAACAUCACUGGUGAAGCGAAGCAUGCUAGGUGGCAGUGUGAGAGGAGGGUUUGCUAGGGCGCUUGGGGAUUGGGUCCUGGCGUGCGUGGUGACUUUGGCGAUGGUAUUUGUGCGCCAUGAUAUGGAUCGAAAAGUUAGAGAUUGGGGUCGUAAAUUUGGCGCAUCCGGUAUGAAUAGGGAGGAUAAGCAAGCAUAGGUAGGCUUCAAUUAUAUCUAGGAAAUGAAGCGAACGCAUACGG